CUGUCUGAAGGUUCUAUGUUUGGUCAUGGACUCAAACAUCUUUUCCAUAGUCGUAGACGAUCCCGAGAACGGGAGCAUCAGAAUUCCCAGGAGUCAUCCCAGCAACACCAUGGCAUGUCUGAUCAUGACUCCCCUGAUGAAAAAGAACGCUCUCCUGAGAUGCAUCGUGUCUCUUAUGCUGUGUCUCUCCAUGAUCUCCCAGCUCGACCCACCGCUUUCAACAGGGUGCUACAGCAGAUUCGCUCUCGUCCUUCCAUCAAGAGAGGAACCAGUUUGCACAGUGGCAGUCGCCGAGCCAAGAGUGGCUCUGUAGAACCACAAAAAAGCAGUCCACAUCUUGUGCGGAGGGCCCCCCAGGAUAGCAGCCUGACAGCAAUCCUGCAUCAACAUCAAGGCCGGCCAAGAUCUUCAUCUACUACAGACACUGCUAUCCUUAUGGCUGAAAGUGGGAAUGUUUACCUUCUGGCAGAGGAGUCAGAAGGCCUCAGUGACAAGUUGGACAAGGGGGAUGUGAGCCAACUCAGCCUGCCUUCCAAUACAAGCCACAGUGAUGCAGAAAGCAAUAUCUGUCUUGAUGUUCCAGAUGGCAACCCUGACCCACAGAGGACAAAAGCUGCCAUUGACCAUCUGCACCAGAAGAUUCUUAAGAUCACUGAGCAAAUAAAGAUUGAGCAGGAGGCUCGAGAUGACAAUGUAGCUGAAUAUCUGAAGCUUGCUAAUAACGCUGAUAAGCAGCAAGCCUCUCGUAUCAAGCAGGUCUUUGAGAAGAAGAACCAGAAGUCAGCCCAGACCAUUGCCCAGCUGCAUAAGAAGCUUGAGCAUUACCACAAAAAAUUAAAGGAGAUUGAACAAAAUGGGCCAACACGUCAGCCCAAAGAUGUCUUCCGGGACAUGCAUCAGGGCCUCAAGGAUGUAGGAGCCAAUGUUCGAUCCAGUAUUAGUGGUUUUGGUGGCGGUGUGGUAGAGGGGGUCAAGGGUGGGUUAUCAGGCCUUUCUCAAGCAACACACACAGCUGUGGUUUCCAAGCCCCGUGAGUUUGCAAGUUUAAUACGCAACAAAUUUGGCAGUGCAGAUAACAUUGCCCACUUAAAGGACACUCUGGAUGAUGGACACCCAGAAGAGGCCUCACGGACUCUGAGUGGCAGUGCAACCCUCGUGUCCAGUCCCAAAUAUGGAAGUGAUGAUGAGUGCUCCAGUGCCACAUCUGGCUCAGCAGCUGGUAGCAAUUCUGGGGCUGGUCCUGGGGGUUUGGGCAGUCCUAAGUCUAACACCUUGGAGAGUCAUCAUUUUAACUUUGACACCAUUGUAGAAGAACUGAGAGAUAUUAAGGACAUUCAAUCCCAUCUCGAGGACUCCAUGGAAGAACUCAAGGCUCAGCUGCAACGAGACUAUACAUACAUGACUCAAUGCUUGCAGGAAGAACGAUACAGAUAUGAACGCUUGGAAGAGCAGCUUAAUGACCUGACUGAGCUUCAUCAGAAUGAGAUGACCAAUCUGAAGCAGGAGCUGGCCAGCAUGGAAGAAAAGGUGGCUUACCAAUCCUACGAAAGGGCCAGGGACAUUCAGGAAGCUGUGGAGUCCUGCCUGACUCGGGUCACCAAGUUAGAGCUGCAGCAGCAGCAACAGCAAGUGGUGCAACUAGAAGGAGUGGAAAACGCCAAUGCCCGUGCUCUACUGGGAAAAUUCAUCAAUGUCAUCUUGGCCUUAAUGGCCGUGCUGCUGGUGUUUGUCUCCACCAUUGCUAGUUUCAUCACUCCAUUGGUGAAGACCCGCAUGCGUCUCCUGAGCACUACCUUACUAGUGCUUUUUGUCUUCCUCCUCUGGAAGCACUGGGACUCCAUCACUUAUCUUCUGGAACAUGUGCUGCUGCCUAGCUGAUUUUUUUUUGGUAGUCAGUUGCUGCGGCUAGAAGGAGUUUGUUUCUUGUAGAAAGGAAGUAAAACUGAGGCAACUUCCAGUUGGUUUUAUGUCCAUUUGGAGUGUGCAAUUCUCACUUGCUUCCUCUUCAGAGCCUUCUGUUGUUGUACCCAACAUUGUCUCAGCUGUAGGGAGAGUAAUUACAGUGGGGCUUAUGAAAGGCUUACUAUGUCACACCUCUCUUCUGGAAUGCUUUUGCAAGGCAGAAUGGGAAGACAUAAAGAGCUCAAUAUUUCAAAUUUUAUCCAUUCCUUAAAUCAGAUAAAGGGAUGGUGAUGAUGAGAGCAGUAGUUCAUGUACAAUCAAAAUGGUCUUCUCUAAAAAGCAGUGGCAUAGUUAUUGAUUUUCUUCUGCGUUGGAGAGAAAUGAUGGAACGUUUAUCAGUGUAGUCAUAUAUGAAAACAAAGACAAAGAUUCAACACUGAACUUCUUUUUCUUUUUAUAACUCAUGAACCUGAAACAAUCCAAGAAUUGUACAUACAACACAAGAUAAUUCAGGUCACAACAUGGAGCGUACUUUCCUUUCCCAUAGGACAACUGAAUUCCACAUAUUUAGCUGGACUGCUUCAUGUCAUGGAUUUGUUGUCCUUGUGGGUUGGUUCCGAGGAGAAAGCAUUAAGCUUUCUGAUGCAAACUCAACUGUUUUGGUUGGCUUUGUUUUCAUUUGUUUUCCUUUUCUUUGAUAUUUCCAUGGACUUUUAAAAUACUUAUAACCUU